AAUUUUUGUUCAAUGUGCUAAAGCGCCAAAGUUUAGUGCCUAAAAUUUAGGGAAAAGGAACUUCAUAGCUAUUAGAAUCCUAAAUAUCAUAAUCUUUCAUUACUUCCCUCAUCCCAUCUGCUCUCAAUAACGUAACCAUCCCUCUUCCGCCGUAGGCAUCAGAUCGUUCUCUAUAAUCAGAUCAUUCAACAUCUCUGAUUAAAUUGUGCGUCAUGGCUGGACUUGGACGGCUUAAGAAACGCAAGCUUUCGGCAAUUAACUCAUCCUCUUGUGUUGAUACAUCCAUGUCCAUGACUAUAGGCAGUGAUGUCCCCACUAGUAUUCUAACUCCGAGUCUUGUUCCAACACCCACUCCCACGAGCUUUAAUGCUCCCAAUAUUAGUCCUACUCCAAGUCUUGUUCCCACACCCAUUCCCACAAGCACUAAUGACCCCAUUCCUCCUAGUCCCACUCCCCAUACUUUUCCAAUGCCCACAAGCACCGAUAUCCCUUCUCUUAGUUCGACUUCAACUCAUAUUCCCACUACCACACCUUCACCUACAUCCAAUGCUGCAACUGACAUAUCUGGUUCAGUUACUUCCACGUCAAAGACCAAGCGUUGUAAAACAACAGGAGUCGCACUCGCUACAUCUUUAGCAAAGAAAGGUCCUAAACCUGUUGUAAUUUUUCGUAAGGGCCAACAUAGGCUAGUGGGUGGUUGGGCUAAGAACUUUGGAACUGAAGUUGGUUUAAUAUGUCGUACACGCGCACCUAUCACUUGCGGGACUUGGUUACAUGUGGAUGAGGCUACUAAUGACGUGCUAUAUCGAGCAUUAAUGUUUGACGUACGGAUAGAGGGGACAGACCUCACAGAAUUUUGAAAAGGUAUAUACACAUUCUUCGGUGAUAGGUUCAGAGCGUGGAAGUAUGACAUGCAUGUGUAUUUUAAGUCUUUCAAAGGUAAUGUCUUAGAGGCACGUCGUCAUUCUUAUGAGGGAGUUGAAGACGAGGAUUAGCAGGUUGUCUGUGAUAUGUUUAUUAAUGAUGAAUUUUUG